AACUACCAAACUUGCCCGCCUCCCUCGAUCUCUUCCGACCUCCUGAGGCCUGACCAUGGCUUCCAUCGCCUUCGGCCGCUGCGAUGACUCCUUCAGCGCCACCUCGCUCAAGGCCUACCUCGCCGAGUUCAUCUCCACGCUCCUCUUCGUGUUCGCCGGCGUCGGCUCUGCCAUAGCUUACGGCAAGUUGACGUCGGGCGCGGCCCUCGACGCGGCGGGGCUCGUGGCGGUGGCCCUCUGUCACGGGCUCGCCCUCUUCGUCGCCGUCGCGAUCGCCGCCAAUAUCUCCGGCGGCCACGUGAACCCGGCGGUCACCUUCGGAUUGGCUCUCGGGGGGCAGAUCACCAUCCUCACCGGACUCCUCUACUGGGUCGCGCAGUUGCUCGGCGCAGUCGUCGGCGCGUUCCUCCUCAAGUUCGCUACCGGACUCGACACGCCAACCCACAGUUUGGGAGUGGGAGCCGUGGAGGGAGUGGUGAUGGAGAUCAUCAUCACCUUCGCACUCGUGUACACGGUGUACGCCACCGCCGUCGACCCAAAGAGGGGCUCCCUCGGCACGGUCGCCCCCAUCGCCAUCGGCCUUAUCGUCGGAGCCAACAUCCUCGCCGCCGGCCCCUUCUCCGGCGGCUCCAUGAACCCCGCGCGCUCCUUCGGGCCGGCAGUGGCGAGCGGCGACUUCGCCGACCUGUGGGUUUACUGGGUCGGUCCACUUAUUGGUGGUGGGCUGGCUGGGCUUGUCUACACCUAUGCCUACAUGUGCACUGACCACACUCCGCUCCCCCAGUAAAAUUGUUUCUUCACAGAACUUUUAGCAUAAAGAACUGUCAGUGUGAUGUCACAAAAGUGUGGGGAGCAGUCCAUCUUUGUUGGUUUGUGAUUUGGGGCAAAGGUGUGGGAGUUGGUGUUGCUUCCAUUGUUGUCACUGUUGUGUGGGAUUAUGAAGCCUUUUUUGUAUUUUAUUGUUCAUGUCAAUAGAUUCACUCUUCCUCUUUGGAUCAAAUAUAA